AUGAGCGAAAAAAUUAAAAACAUAUUUGGAGAGGAUUCCUUAUUGAAUCUUGCUCCAACACAGGUUCAAUAUAAAUCAUAUUCUAAGAAAAAAAUAUUGGAUCACAUUAGUGAAAAUGAAAAUGACAGUGGGGAUAAAAGUGAUAAUGAGUAUGAGUAUGAGGUUGAUAGUACAGAUGUUCCAACUUUAGAUGAUAAGAUUUCAGCAUCAUCUAAAAAUACGAAAAACAAUAAAUCUUCAGUUUAUGGGGUAGAAAAUGAAGUGGAAGUGGAAGAUAUAUCGGACACUGAAGACCAAAAUGAACUGCUUCAGAAGGUCAAACUUGCGAUCAAACGUCAGGCUCAAAAUGAGCUUCGAAAUAAAAUUAAAAAGAGAGAGUUAGCAAAAUCUGGAUUGGGAGAUAUCUUUGAAGAAGAAGCCAUUGAAUCUGAUGAUGAAUGGCAUGGUAUUGGUGGAGCUGAUCGUAAUGAUAAGGAUGAUUUUGAAAUGGAUUCAGAAGAUGAAAGAAUGAUUAAUGAUUCGAAGAAUAUCAAUUAUAAUCAUGAUGCAUUGAAGGAGUUUUAUAAUAAAGAAAAUCUUAGUAAUGAUAGAGAGUAUGUUUCUAAAUUAUUAAAUGAUAUUAAGACAGGAAAACUUCGAUCAAGAGUUAAUAGAGAUGGAUUUGGUAGAGGAGGAAUUGACGACCUUGAUUUAGAAUUGAGUGAUGAUGAUGAUGAUGAAUUGGCUAGAUUUCAUCGUAUGAAAGCAGAAAGACAAAGAAGAAAACUUUUAGAAAAUAAUGAGAUGAGAAAUUUAGCUAAAAAUGAUAAAACUAAAGCAUUUUUUGAAAGUAUAGCAGAAGAUACAAAUACAGAUAGCUUAAAAAUUGAUAAUGGAAACCAACCAAUAGUUAAGAGAAGAAGAAUUCAAAUAACGUCAGAAUUUGUGAAAAAGACUUUAUCAUUUAUUAAUAAUGAUGAUUUAGCAACUGAGGAGGAGAGAUAUUUACAAACUGAAAAGUUAUCGCUUUCUCAACAUAAUUUUAAGUCUCAAAUAGAAAUGAAGGAUGAAUUUGCUAAAAUUAAAGAAAGAAUUAGACAAAAGAAAUUGAGAGAAGAAGAGUACAAAAGAACCAAAGUUCACGAUAUUGAAUUGGGUAAUGAAUCAAAGAAGGGAAUCCAUAAGACGAGGUCUAUAAUUGAGAAUUACAAAACAUUUUUAAGUGAAAACAAAGACUUUGCAUCCGAACAAAUAACAGUUAAUAAGAAUUACAAGAAUGCGAAUACGAAUUCUGCAUCUGUUAUGUUCCUUAUAAAUAAAAAUAAGAAUUAA